AUGCUGUUAGGUGUCAAGGACAUUGCACUGUUGGAGCGUGGGGGCAAGGCCCUCAAGGUGGACAGUUACAAGUCCCUGAUGAUCCUGGAUAUCCCAGAAGACUGCAGCCAUGAGGAAUCCGUAGAGAUCAUACGGGCCCCCCUAAAACCUCUGCGUAAGUUCAAAGUGGCUGGGAAGGUCUUCGUGGAAGAAGAGAGAUCCAAGGCCGCCAUCAUUAGGCUGACAGAGGACAUCAAUUAUGCCAUGAUUGCCAGGGAAAUCAAGGGCAAGGGCCGCCCGUGGAGAGCUGUCCACAUGUCCCGGAAGCAGGAUAUUGAAUUCCUGACCAAGCUGAACCUCUUCCUGCAGAGCGAGGGCAGAACAGUGGAGGAUGUGGCCCGGGUCCUGAAGCAGGAACUGUAUCCGACAGUGACAGGCCUCAGAGAGCUUCCUGCCAGAAAGUGCUAUGUGGCCGAGCCAGGGGAGAAGCCAGGGGCUGGGGCCACCGCUGGGGUGGACGGGGUGCCGCCUCUGGACUCCGCAGAGAAGAACAAGGCUGGAGAUGGCAAGAAAGGCAAGUGGAAACGCAAGAAGAACUGUCGACGGCACCACGCAUCUGACAAGAAGCUGUGA